CUUCCAAAAUCGAUAAUUUCCUUUUUGGUUGUAUGGAUGAUUACGCAUUACCAACUUUAUUACCAACUGAUUCAUUUUUUGAUUGAUCGAUAAAAAAAAAUUUUACUCCGCAUUUUUUUUUCUUGUACUUGGCAUUUCAUCAUAACAUCAUUUGUCAUCCACACAGAAUAAUAUAUCGAUAUUGAUGACAAAAUUUUUGUCUUUUUUUUCAUCAUUAAAAUCAUCAAAUGAUCAAGGCAGCUAAGACAACGAAUUAAAAAAAAAAUGUCUUCAUCUACGAUUAGAUUACGAAAAUGGUUCCAUUGGAAUCAUUUUGCAUAUCUUUUGGUAUUAUUAUUAAUCAAUGAAAUGAUUGUUGAAACAUGGCAACAAAUACAAUAUGAACAUCCAGAUUCAGCUUCACAACCAAUGGAACAGGUUGAAUUCAAUUAUCAUCAAGGUGAUGAACAUCAUAUUGUUAAACGUAAAUUGAAAAUGAAAUCUAUAUUGGGCGGUGGAAGAUCUAAAUCCAAACAAUCUAGACCUAAACCACAAUCAAAUCCGUAUCCAAAACAACCGGCACAUAAUCCUGCUUAUUCAUCUGGUUCAUCAUCAAAUCCUUAUCCAAAACAACCUGCAUAUAAUCCAAGCUAUCCAGCUGGUCCACCACCAGCAUAUCCUGGUUCAUCACAUCAUAGUGGUUAUCCAGCUGGUCCACCGCCACCCUAUCCGGGAUUAAAUAGUGGUGGUUCUGCUGGUGGUCGUGGUUAUCUACAACAAUCCAAUUAUCCAAGAUAUCCUCAACAAUCGGCAAGUUAUCCAGCACAAAAUCCUUAUCCAGGAUAUCAAAAUAAACCUGGAACAUUUGGUAGUGGAAAUAUGUUUGGACAUUCAUAUGGCAAUAAUUAUGGUAGCGGUGGCUAUCGUAAAGGCAAAGGUCUUAACAUUGGUCGAAGUAUUGGAACGGCUGGAUUUGGUGCAUUGGCCGGUACAGCACUCGGUGCUUAUGGUGGUUAUAAAUUAGGCCGAAUGGUUGGAGGUCUUGGCCGUAUGGGACAUUAUGGUUAUUAUAAUGAUCAAGGCCGUUAUAUGCGUUGUGAACCACCACGUAAUAUAAAAGUUGAUCCGGAAACAAAUAUUUCAUACAUUCCAUUAGAUGAUGCUUAUGAUCGUCGUUGUUCAUAUUUUGAUCGGCCACCACCAUCUUAUAUUGAACCAUCGAUGUUAACAUCAGCUGCUAAUGUUAUCAACAUUAUACCAUCGGCAUUCUUGUUGUUUGUCAUUAUAUUCGUACAAAUUUUCUCCACAAAUCGAAGAAUAAUCUAAAAUGAAUGAAACAGAGUCCAACAUCGCUUUCAAAAACAAAACAAAACAAAAAAAAACUUGGCAUGUAUGGCAUAAUAUUUCGUUGAUUCAUCUAUCUAUAUCUUAAUAUAUUCAUCACAUUGACUGAUUCAUUUAGUCUUCAAGAGAAAAAAUAAUAGUGAUUAUCACCAUUUUCAUCAUGUUCAAUAAUUUCAUCAUGAUCAUCAUCAUCGCUGUCUUCUUGUUGUAUUAAUCCAAGUUAACUAUUUUCUGUUGAAAUACAAAAAAAAAAAAAUUUUUUAUUGUUGU